CGUUAAUCAAAUUAAGCAAAAUUAUGUAGUGCAGUUGUAAAGUAUAAACUCACCAUAGUCAUGUCGGUGAAGAAGUUUGAAUGCGGUCCCAGGCGGGGAUUCUCAUAUGAACGUGUACGCGUAUCGGACAGUUCUACUUUGAUUUAUAGCACCGCCCACCUGGCGAAAUGCAGUGGAAAUAGUGUGUUGAAUCAUUUUGCAUGGCCUGGUGCGCCGGAUGAGCGGAGUCGGGAAUUUAGACCAUUCCAUUGGUCCUUAAAUCACCUGGGGCACUGGGCCAUGCAAAACGAACUAUCAGUAAGGAUGGCGUCACUUCCUGUCAUUCCUGCCAACGGAAGUAGUUAAUUGAGCAAAAUGGCAACCCCUUAUGUUGAAGAUCAAUCUGGGAAAUACAUUGCUGCUACACAGCGACCUGAUGGAACCUGGAGGAAGCCUCGUAGAGUGAAGGAUGGUUAUACCCCUCAGGAAGAGGUCCCUGUCUACGAGAAUAAAUUUGUUAAGUUCUUCAAGGGCAAGCCCGAUCUGCCACCGGGUAUGAGCCCCAGCAAUGCGGCCCAGGCAAGGCAGCAGCAGGGGAUCCCCGGCAUUGCAGAGAAUGAGACAGCUGGGCUCUCCAAGACAGCCAAGCGAAACAUGAAACGCAAGGAAAAGCGCAAGCAGCAAGGCCCGGAUAGCAAUGUGGAUACACUAACAAAUGCUGUUGAGACUAUGACGUUUGCAGAGGACGGUGACAGUGUGACGUCUGCAUCUAACCCAGCUGGAGCUACUAAUGACACUUCAUCUGCAACAGCAGAGAAGGCCAAGAAGAUCAAGAACAUAAAAAAGAAGCUGAGGCAGGUUGAGGAGCUGCAGCAGAAACUGGACUCUGGGGAAAUCAAGCAAGCUACAAAAGAGCAGCAGGAGAAGCUUGGAAGGGCCAAAGCCUUACAGGUUGAGUUACUGCAGCUUGAGGAGGAUUCAUGAGAUUGAAAAUGUUGUAAAAAGUGCAGCAGACCAGUUGUGGAAGUUAGACUGUUCAAAAAUACAAACACCCAGUUCUAAAAGAAAUUGACAUUUACAGCUGCGUUGAUGAGCUUCCCUUGAACAUUUUCUGGAUAUUUGUUAUUAUCAGACAGCCAAUGAACAUGAACUUUGGCUUUUGGAAUAUCAAGUGUACAUAAACCCAACACUUCACGUGUUAUGUUGUUGACAAUAAGUGAUCAUGCUUUUCCCACACUUUGUCCAAAACCAAUUACCAAACAACAAUGAGCCAGCCAGGUUUUUUCUCUUCAUUUAAAAUGUACUUUUAAAACAAUUGAACUGAUUCCCUAUGCUUGGCUAUGAACUUAUUGGCCAUUCAAUUAUAGUUGUAAUAGCAUUUAUUUGUGUACUUAGUAUGUUCGUGCAUUUUCUAUCUUAGUUUUUAUCUUUAUCUUUAUCUGUCAAGAAUAGCAUAAAAUAUUAUAUAUUAGUUAGUUGCAUUAAAGAUAGAAAAAUCCCCUAUUGAAAAGAAUACCUGUUUGUUGACCCAUCUCUGUGUACUGAAAUGAUUGGAUUACUUCAAAUACAGUUUGAAUUUGUGUACAUAAUGAAGAGGUUCAUGGUUUACAACAUUGUAAACAACUAAUAAUGUAAAUCCCUGUGAUUACAGGGGAUAUAGAGGAUUGUGCUGUUUUUUUAUCUGAUUUCGGCAAUCAGAUAGGAUUAAAUGUUAGAAUGUGAUUCUGGUCCUCUGUGUAGGGAUUCGGGUUUGGUCUGACCUUUUUUUUCAAUCUGACCUUUUAAUCAAGAUUAAAUGUCGUUUUUCAAUGGCGAUUUAGGAUAGUUUUGAUGCCGAAAAUCUGGAUUAUCUUGAUCUCACUGGAAGGGUGGUUUUAGAAAGGUGAAUGGCACUACAACCAAGACAUUUUAAUGUAAACUGAACAAAAAUAUAAAUGCAACAUGUAAAGUGCUGGUCCCGUGUUUCUUGAGCUGAAAUAAAACAUCUCAGAAGUUUUCCAUAUGCACAAAAA